UUAUGGUUUAUGGUUUCUUUUGUCACACGGAACACUGUUCACGUUGUAUGUUAUGAUUGUCAGUUUAAAUGGUGGUUUGUUACCGAUUUUACGCUGAAAAAUAUUUAAUAUUCGAUAAACCUCCGAAAACUGUAUUGAGAAUUUUAUCCACCCAAGAUGAAGACUGUGGAGCUUCGACCGGAUCGCUCGCUCCUCAAGCCAAACUUCGAUGGCUACAAGCUUUCCCUGGAACCGAUUCCGAUUCUUCGCACAGACCUGGCGGAAGGUUCCGUUCAACCCAACCGAAUUCGCCCGAGUGAAGAACAGUACUCGCAUCUCCAUGCGCAAAUGUUUGGCCUUCAAAACUUGCUAGUGCGAGAUCCGUGGGCAACCGGGAGCUGUUAUUUCGUGAACCGGGAACUGAUCGUUAGUUGGAUUCAGUACAAUGAAAUCACCGGAAGGCUGCUGCCCCUGGGGAAGGUAUUUAAAAUAGACGCGGAAGAGAACGGAAGUGGCGAGUCGUACAACUGUUCCCUGGUGUUCCUGUCGGAGAAAUUUGCGCUUGUGGCAGAUGGACGGAGCGGAUUGCAGAUUGUCGACACGGGUGACCGUCGGAAAGGAGGUGAGUGGCAUAAAGUAUUUGCGUUAACGUGUCCGGAAUGGCCGGGCAGUUGUGUCCUCGAGGAUGGCAGGUUUGAGAUUGUCAACGGAGAAAGACAAAUACAUGCCAUAGGAGCGUACGUAGUUCAGGAAAAUGGGGCUUUUCAAACCGUUUUGCAUUGGGUGAAAAUUGUGCAGAAAAGCAGUAACGAUCCUUGGGAAUUUCAUUCCAGUAAGGCACUGAAAGGGCGUGGAUAUGCUUAUUAUUGCGCUCUUGAACCUAAAAGUAAUGCUUUGGUAGUGGCCAGCGAUAAACCGUUCAAGUUCGUGACUAGUGCAGAAGAAGAAUCUGUUGACCCACCGAUGAACGAGGAUAAUGAAGCAGUAAUGCCUGAAACAAGUUCCUUCAGUUGGACACAAACUAUGGAAAAUAUCACGAUAACAGUGCCAAAAGUUGAAGGACUUGACUACAAAAUUACCAACGAACAUUUAAAGCUGUCCGUUUCGUCCGGAGCAACGUCGAUUAUCAAUUCGGAAGGUUGGUUUGCUGGUGUCGACGGAGAGCUCACUUCGUGGAUCAACGAAUCGGAAGAAAUACAAAUUACGUUAUUCAAAACUAUUCCCGGACUUUGGCCAUUCUUGUAUCCCGGAUGUCCGGAAGAAAAGUGCGAACGUAUGGAUCAGGACAUGGCACCUGCUUCGAAUCUAACAUCGCAAUUGGAAGAAUGCGAUUUCGGAACGACAGGAGACGAUACUGAAUACACAAUCGAAAGAUUUGAUAACACUUCCAACGAGACAACCCAUCGGAUAUUUCUCGGAGGGAAUGCUCCAUUAUUCCGAGUUAUGUUGCGUCCAGGAUUCCCGGACGCAAUAGCAUUACGGAAUGAUGUCGACGCGUGUCUGUGGAUUCAACAUCCCGGGACGGAUUGGUUCCUGAGACACGAAGGAACCCUCCACGCUUUUGGCUACGUGCAAGCUUCGAAGCAACAGAGGAAGUUCAUGUCCUGCUCACCGGAUGUGAAUUAUGCCGUGAUUUGCGAAGCUCAACGACAUGUAUUCAUUUACAAGGGAAACUACAACACUGCUGGAGGUUUGAGGAAUCGUAACGGACCUCAGGUCAGCAUAGGACAGCAAAAACUCGUUUCACUCGAAGGAAACAGUGAAAUAUUGGGCAUUUGUUGCGAGAAUGAUUAUACAAUUUUACUUUUGGAAGGUGAAGUACUGGUAUUACAACUGCGUAUCGAAGAAUAAGUAGCUAAUAAAUAAUGUGACUUUUAUAUUACAUUCUA